AUGGGCUUCAAGCCAGCUCAACCUCCCCAAGAGUCAGUCGCGCAACCCGCUGAACGGAGGAUGUCCACACCGCCAGCGUCAGACGCGGGAAGCCCACCCCAAGUCGGCGAGACGGAAGAAAUGCGCGAGCGCCGAAGAAAACAGAAUCGACUGGCCCAGCAAGCCUUCCGCGCGCGCCAGAAAGUCCGGGUCGAGGCCCUCGAGGCGGAAUGGGCGCGACUCCGCCAGCUGCACGAGGCGCUGAAUCACGCCUGCUCGCAACGAGCCCAGGAGAUCGAACAGCUUCACUCGCGCGUCGAGGAGCUUCUCCAGGACAUUGAAUUCCUGAAGACCUCCCAGGAGCUUGAGAGGGGGUGGCCAUCCUCUCCGUCGGCGUCUACUUCGUCGUCAAUAUACGAGCAGCAGUCUGCGCCUGCGCAGAGAUACCACCAGCGGACAACGACACCGCAGUUUGAUCUGGCGAAUUACCUAGGGAAGGGAGGGCUUUCGGAUUUUCCGGAUUUUCCGUUGAAUCCGGAUUGGUUCCAGGGCAUGUUGAGGUGA